AUGGAUGUUUUCCCACCUCUCUAUGCAGAAGAGACAUUUGAGCUGAAAACCAAGAUACUGAACCAAGAAGGUGUGAUAACAGAGCUGGAAAUAGAGCGAGACAGGUUGUUCAGGGAACUUGAGUCCACUGGGGUAUCCCUGAGAGUAAAAGAGAAGAAUGGCCAAGACUUGACUGAGGAGCAUGCCACACUAAAGAAAAACUACCAGAUUCUGGUUGAGGCCCACAAUAAAGAACUAGCCAAGAGUGGAGAGCUGACUGCAGAGCUGCUGGCACUGGCCCAGGCCCAGGAUGCCCUCCACAGGCAGCUGGAGGAGCAGCAUCAAUGUGUUAAGACCACCACCGAGGGCCUUCAUGGAGAGCUGGACAGGGUGCAGGCUUUGAUCAGCCACAUGUCACAUAACAGAGUCAAGCCCGAGGAACUAGCAGAGUUGGACAGGGAGCAAAAAAACGUGCAGAAAACUCUCCUCGAAAACCAAGAUGAGAUCAAAGACAAGCUGGAGAAAAUGAAGAGCAGCUACAAGGAGCAGCAGAAGAACCUGGAGGAGAAAGUGGUGGCGAUGGGUAAAGAGCACCAGGAGAUCAACAGAGCAAUGCAUAUUAGCCAGCAGAAACUCUCUGAGCAGAGUGCGGCCCUGAUGUGCUCUCAGAGCCAAUUAAAAGAGGUAGAGGAGGAGAACUCUAAGCUGCAGCUGCGGCUGAAAGAGCUGAACGAGGAAUAUCGCGCAAGGCUGGUUUAUUAUUUAGAGGACUUAGCUGAUUACUUUGAUGGGCUUGGAGAAAGUAAAAGCCCAUCAGAGCAGAGCAAGAUGAGAGCAUUCCUCGACAGCAUGCUGCAGGACGUUCGUUUGUCCUACAGGGUGAGAGAGGAGCAACUCGCCACCGCUGCUCGCUCCUAUAAGAAGAGACUACAGAGGAUCACCAAAACUCAUCAUGCACUCCUGAUUGCAUACAGGGUUCAGAGAGACCAGAUCUUGGCCAAACCAGAGAAUAACCUAGAACCUGGGCCUCCAGAAGCCCACUUCAGCUUGGAGCCGACUGAACUGAAAGAUGCAAUCGAAAAGGAGCUCCAACAACUUCGCCAGGACAAGGCAAGGCUGGAAGGUCAGCUGCAGGCGUCCCGGGAGCAGGCUUCCUUUGAGAAGGAGCGUGCUCUUCUCCUGACCAGAGCAGCAGUUGCAGAGGCGCAGGUGUUGGAGUUGCAGAACUAUACUGAUAACCACCUGGGCAGGUACGAACAAGAAAUCACACAUCUGCGUGGAUUGCAUGGGACAGUGGAGGAGGAGGGGCGUUCCCAAAGCGAACAUUUAGCUCCCCAUUAAGGAAAUGAG